UCUCCUUUAACAGUCCAUUAAGGGCAGGGCACCUUCGCACAAUCACUUGCCCCACAAAGGCAAAGCCAGCCUUUUCAUUCUUGGCCAUGAAAACUAUGGAGAUUCUCAUCGCUAACAUAUAAAGAGAAGACAGACAGACAGUACCAGAGAAAAGGAGAGAGAAUAUAGAGGGAAUCACAGAAGUUGCUGUUCUUCAUUGUUUGCUACUUUCCUUCAUACAUAUAUUCAAGCUAUAAUAUAGUUAGCUAGCUAGCUAACAAUGGAGCGUUAUGAGAUUUUAAAAGAUAUCGGGUCAGGAAACUUUGGUGUUGCUAAGCUAGUUAGAGAGAUAACGACUGGUGAACUCUUUGCUGUUAAGUAUAUUGAAAGAGGCCAAAAGAUUGAUGAGCAUGUUCAAAGAGAGAUUAUGAACCACAGGUCAUUGAAGCAUCCCAAUAUAAUUAGAUUCAAAGAGGUUCUGCUAACACCAACCCAUUUAGCCAUAGUAAUGGAAUAUGCAGCUGGUGGAGAACUUUUUGAGAGAAUAUGCACUGCUGGUAGAUUCAGUGAAGAUGAGGCAAGAUAUUUCUUUCAACAACUCAUAUCAGGAGUCAGUUACUGCCAUUCUAUGCAAAUUUGCCACAGAGAUCUUAAGCUGGAAAACACCCUCUUAGAUGGAACCACAGCGCCGCGUCUUAAGAUAUGUGAUUUUGGCUAUUCUAAGUCUUCUGUGUUACAUUCUCAACCCAAAUCUACUGUGGGAACACCAGCCUAUAUUGCACCGGAAGUCCUCUCAAGAAAGGAGUAUGAUGGGAAGAUAGCUGAUGUUUGGUCUUGUGGGGUUACCUUGUAUGUGAUGCUGGUUGGGGCUUAUCCGUUUGAAGAUCCUGAAGAUUCAAGAAACUUCAGAAAAACAAUUCAGAGGAUUCUUAGUGUCCACUACUCGAUUCCGGACUAUGUUCGAGUUUCCAAGGAAUGCAAACAUCUUCUAUCUCGGAUUUUUGUAGCUGACCCUGAGAAAAGAAUUACCAUCCCAGAAAUUAGAACACACUCUUGGUUUCUGAGGAGCUUCCCUGUGGAAUUAAAGGAAGAAGAGGAUGGUAGCUUACAAAUCGACGAUAGAAAUGAAGAAUCACAAAGUAUUGAAGAGAUAUUAGCUAUAAUUCAAGAGGCUAGGAAACCUGCAGAGGGGCACAAAAUUGGUGGCCAUUUUUUUGGUGGGAGCAUGGAUCUUGAUGACAUAGAUUCUGAUGCUGAUAUAGAUGAUGUAGAGACAAGUGGUGAUUUUGUUUGUGCAUUGUGAAGUGCCAGCUUUAAAAUCAUGCAUAGCUUUGCUUUACUAUCCCAAUCCUAGUAAAAAGCCAGUAGAGGAUAAGGGCAUCCUUUUCUUGUCUAAGGGAAUCAAAUGAUCUGUACAAAACUGGGGCGAUGUUGGUCUCAGGCACUUGAUAUGCUGUAUUGCUUCUUGCUCUUGAACUCUUGAACUCUGUGAAAAAUCUCUCUUGAAUUC